AUGUCUGACAUGGAGUUUGAUCAUAGUUCGUUACCGAAUGUAUUUAUUAUUUGUGGCAAUCAAAAGUUGCAAGCGACUCAACUCACUGCUCGAUCGAGCAUUGAACAAAUUCACGAGACAGUACGAAGUCUCUUUGGUUCUUCCUUGCCAGAUUAUUAUCACUUAAAUUUCUACAGUGGUCAACAGCGAAAAUUUAUCACACUGAAUGACAAUAUUAUGCAUAGUAAUGACAAUCCAUUUCGAAUCAAAACUGAUUGUUCCAACGACAUUGUCAGCUCAGUGAAGUUAUAUGUUGUUGAUAUGUCCACUACACAAUAUGAAUGUCUUGAAACAUCAUCCAGUCAAAUAAAUGCAAUAGCCAAAGAAAGCGAUUGUCAGAUAGAUUCACCUGUGGACAGCCAUACAACGAAAGACAAUGCCAAUCAUAGCAAAGACUUAUCUCCGGCACUUGUUAGCAGAGCAAGUGGUGCAGAGAUGACAAGCAUUUGUCGUGCAUGUGUAAAAGACAAUCUGAACGCUAGAAGAUCAUUGAGUUCAUUUAGAGAUAAAAACUUUUCUCCCACAACGAACUCACAGAUGAUUCAUGCACCGAAGUUACCAUCUUCAAAUUCAACGUUAAACUCAAACACACCCGUGAACAACAAUUCGCUUUAUUUAACUCCAGCUAACGAAGUCAUACAAAGUCGAUCACAAUUUGCGCAUUCCGUUCAGCAACCGGUUCAACUACAAGAAAGGACAAACAUGGCGUCAGAUCGUCUGUAUUUUACACAUGACGUUAAACCUAUACAAAAGAAGACUUAUCUGUCUGAUAAAUUUAAUCAGAAAGAUGCAUCGAAAAGCAAUGGUUCCAUUCCUUACAUGCAAGGCGUGAAAAACAAUUCGGAAGCCAGAAGUUCAGUAUGGCCAAAAAUUCGCAUCCCUAUCCAAUUUCUAACUACUGAAGACACCUACUUGGUUAUCUAUGCUGUGCGAGAAGUGCUUGAGAAUGGCAAAAUAAUCUGGUUUAAACAUACAGACAGGCACUUUCUGCCCGAAGAUUUCACGCGUCAAUCAUCGCUCAUGAAUCCAGUUGAAUUGAAAUUACAGGGAAUCACAUUAAGCAAUGAGGGCGAUUUUACAUUAAAGUUGCGAAUGGUUUCUUUUUGGAAUAAGCUCCCCGAAGAAUGGCGAAUACACGAAUUGGAUGAACCAUUGGCAAAACAAUUGCAUCCCGCGAACCAUAAUUCGUCUGCACCUCGUCUUUUCUGUUUCAUAAGACAAGGUUCCAUUUGUCUCUGGAACACAAUGUGUCUGUCCAAUUUUAUUCAAUGGCAAUCAUCGCCAAAGCAGAAAAAAUCAAAUGAAGUCAGUACAGGUCCAUUAAAGAAGCAAAAAACAUCAUAA